AUGGUAUCCACUUCUGUGACAGAUCAAGACCUCAACUCGAUACUUUCAGCGGGGUCAAAUGCUGUUCAGGAUAUCUACAAACGAUUCGGAACAUACUUUCCAGGUCAAAAAAUGAGGGAGGUAGGGCUCACUGAUAUCUUCAUGGUGAUUGCCCAGGCGAAAGCCGAAAAUGAGAACAAAAACGUAAAAUUUGGGCGGAGCUACAACGAGAACACAACUGGUUCUGAUUUUGAGGUUAUGGUUAAUGGAGGAUACCGGGUGUUCUUUCAAGCCAAAAUCGGGAAAAAACUAGGCAAAGAAACCUAUUCCGACUUUCUUUACGAAAGCAAGAGGACAGUUAACGGGCAAACUAUUCUAGAGUACCAGAACCUCUUGCUUGCUGAGUAUGCAAAACAACAAGGCGCUCAUGCGUAUUACGUUAUAUACGAUGAGAAAGCGGUGUGGUGGAUAAAUGCUACUACCUUCGGAAACUGGCUUGGAAAAAGUGGUGUGACGGGGUCAAAUAAUGAAAUAUGUCUGGCAGCAUUUAAGGAGUUGGCAAAAACAUCUUACCUUGAUGCUUACCUCGAUGCAAUGAAAAGGGCCGUGGCUGGAAAGUAA